AUGUCCACCACCGCAAUCCCCGUCGCUUCCUUCGGCAACAAUGCCGCAGUCGCCCAAGCCAUUCGCGAAAAGCUCCUUCCGGAAUAUGACGUCGUCCACACAACCCUCACCCUCUCCACCUCCCUCUCAGAACUCCCCGCUCUCUGCAACGGCACCUUCUCCCAGGGGACACCCUCGUCGAACCUAGGCUCCAACGCCACGGCCUCUACCCCGGCCGAUCUCAAGGUGCCCAAGGCCAUCAUCUUCGGCGGCGGCGUGUCCCCUUCGGACGCCGAGCAGGUGAAAGAGGCGGUGCUGGCCCAGAACCCGGACCUCAAGUUCGUCCGGCUCACGCGGGAGGAUAUGGUCGCUGCGGGAGCGGAGGGACCGGAUCCGGAGGUGAUUGGACGGUUGUUGAAGGAGAGGUUGGCGGAGGUUUUGACUUGA